AUCACUUGAUCACAAAGACAGUAGUAGAAAACACCUGACGACUCUGAAGCCAUGUGUAUAGCGGCAUGGGUUUGGCAAGCUCACCCGGUGCACCAGCUUCUCCUCCUGCUCAACAGAGAUGAGUUCCAUAGCAGGCCGACAAAGGCAGUAGGAUGGUGGGGAGAGGGCUCAAAGAAGAUUCUUGGUGGUAGAGAUGUUCUUGGUGGAGGGACAUGGAUGGGGUGCACAAAGGAUGGCAGGCUUGCCUUCCUCACCAAUGUGCUCGAGCCAGACGCCAUGCCAGGGGCUCGCACAAGGGGUGAUCUCCCCCUCAGGUUCCUGCAGAGCAACAAGAGCCCGCUUGAAGUUGCAACGGAAGUGGCCAAAGAAGCUGACGAGUACAAUGGUUUCAACCUUGUACUGGCUGAUCUGACCACAAACGUCAUGGUUUAUGUGUCAAACAGGCCAAAGGGACAGCCUGCAACGAUUCAACUCGUCUCUCCAGGGCUCCAUGUGCUGUCCAAUGCAAGGCUAGACAGCCCUUGGCAGAAGGCCAUUCGCCUGGGCAAAAACUUCAGGGAGCUCCUCAGGAAGCAUGGUGACGAUGAGGUUGAAGCCAAGGACAUAGUUGAGAGCUUGAUGACUGACACCACAAAGGCUGACAAAGAUAGGCUGCCCAACACUGGCUGUGACCCAAACUGGGAGCACGGCCUCAGCUCCAUUUUCAUCGAGGUGCAGACUGACCAGGGACUCUACGGGACCCGGAGCACGGCCGUUCUGUCAGUGAACUAUGCCGGCGAAGCUAGCUUGUACGAGAAGUACUUAGAGAGUGGAAUAUGGAAGGAUCACACCGUGCAUUACCAGAUAGAGUAGAUGUGGGAGCCUCCAAUAAGAGGAGAAUGACGAAUGGAAAUUAAUACUUAGUGUGCAUGUAGUUCGAUCGAUCAAUCGAUCGAUCGAUCGAUCUCCUUCUUCCCCAGUAUAUUGAGAGAUGAAGAAGUGUUCAAUGAUUCGAUCUGUAACCAAUUGUGCGAUUAAACUAUUUACUGUGAGCAGAUUUAUGGCUUUGAAAGAUGAAAUUGUCACUGAUAUGUUGAAUAUAGAUAUAACAUAUCAUAUUAAUUCAGACUGUGUGUU